AAAUCACUUUGUCACUUGUGCCCCGGCAAUGACAAUGGAUUUCGAAACGUUGGCGGCAAAGCCCUCCGUCGCCUCACCUUACGAUCUUCUCUUCCAAGCGCUUACUUUAAUUCCUACCUCACAUUAUUUCGUUGUCGCUCUCUUUAUUUCCCUCGCAUUUAUGUACAGUUUUCUGGAGAUUCAUUUUCUUCACCAUUUACGCACUCUUUUCAGAGGCGACCAUGUUACUUUGACGUACAACUCUUGCUCCCACCUCUGCCAAUCGCUCGUUUCCAACUGUACGAUUCUUCGCGGGAGGUAUCGGCCAACUCCAUGGCUUUCUAGUCCUCAUCUUCAGACAGCUUUCUUGAGUCUUUUUGGAAAGGCUCCUUCAGUUGCUUAUAGACGACAAUUGUUCAUUGCUUUGGAUGGUGGAACGAUUACUCUGGACUGGCUAACUUAUUCUGAUAUCGCGGAGGGUAGCUCCCGCGUGAUUGAUAAUUCAACUGCUAUAAAACGUGAUAAAACACCGAUCGUGAUUGUGAUUCCUGGUUUAACCAGCGAUUCUUCUUCUCCUUAUGCGAAAUAUCUUGCAUUCAACAUGGCAAGAAACGGUUGGAAUGUUGCUGUAAGCAACCAUCGUGGGCUGGGAGGUGUAUCACUCACUUCUGAUUGCUUUUAUAACGCUGGAUGGACAGAGGAUCUGCGGAAAAUCAUUGACCAUAUUCAUUGUGAAUAUCCUGAAGCUCCUUUAUUUUCUGUUGGAACUAGCAUUGGCGCCAAUAUUUUGGUUAAAUAUCUUGGAGAGGAUGGGACUAACACUCUUCUUGACGGUGCUGCAGCUAUAUGCUCCCCUUGGGACCUCUUGAUAUGUGACAGAUUCAUCAACCGUCGACCCAUGCAGAAGAUAUAUGACAGAGUCCUAACACUUGGCCUGCAAGGUUAUGCACAAAUGCAUCGGUCUAUCUUAUCUCGUCUUGCAGAUUGGGAACGCAUUAAAAAGUCAAGUUCUGUUAGGGACUUUGAUAACCAUGCUACCCGUGUUCUUGGAAAGUUUGAGACCGUGGAUACAUUUUAUAGGCGGUCAAGCAGCAUUAAUUAUGUAGAACACGUGUCGGUUCCUCUCCUCUGCAUCAGUGCUUUAGAUGAUCCAGUGUGUACCAGCGAAGUUAUUCCAUGGGACGAAUGUAGGGUCAAUGAAAAUAUUAUCCUAGCUACUACGCAACAUGGAGGACAUCUGGCUUUUUAUGAGGGGAUAACAGCAUCAAGCUUAUGGUGGGUAAGAGCUGUUGAUGAGUUCUUUGGUGUUCUGAGCACAAACCCAUAUAUAAAAGAAAGUCGGAAGCGGGCACUGCCGUGUUCAAUUGAUGAAGGGCUUCAUAUGAAUGUUAUGGGAGAUGGAUCGGUGACAACAAUGGGCAGUGAAUCAGAAAGGUUGUCUUCGUCAAAUGAGCACGCCACCAAGGAUGAAGAAACAAAUUCAGAGGAGGAUAAGCAAUCUUCAAAUGCCACUGUGCAAGGACUUGUCGACAAGCUUUCCCUGCGAAGGAUGCAAUCGAUGUGGUUGCUAGCACAGAUUGUCAUCAUAACAAUUGGUCCGUUUGUGGGAUCUCUUAUUCUCUCGGUUCUCAAGAGAAGAUUCAAAACACUGUUUAGAAAAUAG